AUGGCCGGCACCGAGGGCAAAAGCAACCUCUCCUUCAUCCUCAACAAGCCGCACGACGUCGAGUUCGCCGAGCGCCCCGUCCCCUCCGUCUCGGACGCCCACGACGUGCUCGUGGCCGUCAACUACACGGGCAUCUGCGGCUCUGACGUGCACUACUGGGAGCACGGCGCCAUCGGGCACUUCGUCGUCAAGGACCCGAUGGUGCUCGGCCACGAGUCGGCCGGCACCGUCCUCCAGGUCGGCGACGCCGUCAAGACGCUCCGCGUCGGCGACCGCGUCGCCCUCGAGCCGGGCUACCCGUGCCGCCGCUGCGGCGACUGCCUCGCCGGCCACUACAACCUCUGCCCCGAGAUGCGCUUCGCCGCCACGCCCCCCUACGACGGCACCCUCGCCGGCUUCUGGGUCGCGCCCUCGGACUUCUGCUACAAGCUGCCGGACAACGUCUCGCUGCAGGAGGGCGCGCUGAUCGAGCCGCUGGCCGUCGCCGUCCACAUCACCAAGCAGGCCCGCGUGACCCCCGGCGCCUCCGUCGUCGUCAUGGGCGCCGGCCCCGUCGGCCUACUCUGCGCCGCCGUCGCGCGCUCCUUUGGCGCCACAAAGGUCGUCAGCGUCGACAUUGUGCAGUCUAAGCUCGACUUCGCCCGCGACCUGGCCUCGACGCACACGUACCUGUCGCAGCGCGUGUCGGCCGAGGAGAACGCGCGCGCCCUGAUCGAGCAGUGCGAGCUCGGCGCCGGCGCCGACGUCGUCAUCGAUGCCAGCGGCGCCGAGCCGUCGAUCCGGACCAGCCUGCACGUCGUCCGCAUGGGCGGCACCUACGUCCAGGGCGGCAUGGGCAAGGCCGACAUCAACUUCCCCAUCAUGGCGCUGUGCCUCAAGGAGGUGACGGCGCGCGGCAGCUUCCGCUACGGCCCGGGCGACUACAAGCUCGCCAUCGACCUCGUCGCCAACGGCAGCGUCAACGUCAAGAAGCUCAUCACGGGCAUCGUCGAGUUCAGGCAGGCCGAGGAGGCCUUCAAGAAGGUCAAGGAGGGCCAGGUCAUCAAGAUCCUCAUCGCCGGCCCCAACGAGAAUGUCGACAGCACCUUUAGCACCGACGUCGACCCCAAGAAGGCGGCCGAGGGCGGCAACCAGGGUGGCUGCUGUUAA